GCUAAGUAACCAGGUGGCAUCGUUCAGCUCUGGCUCCGGGUUCCGUGGGGUCCAACGGCGCGGAGCAGGGAGGGAGGCGCUUGUGGACUGUGGGUGCGUCCCGCCCCAGCUGCUCACUCCCGCACCCAGGGCCCCAGGGAGAGGCUGCACAGCGGGGCAGAGCGGGGCUCGCCCGGGGAGUGGACACGAUGGCCACUAUGGAGGAAGAGGACCUCUCGGAGUAUUUCCGCAUGCAGUACGGGCAGAAGCUCCUGAAGCUGCUGAUGAAAUUCCCAGCCACGGAGGAGCAAUCGCCAUCGCCGUCCAUUCGGCUGCUGGAGAAGAAGAAAGAGGCAGCCCUGGUGCACAGGGCUAUGGAGGCUCAGAAGGAGGCAUUCCGGACGAGGAUGGAGGCCCUGAAUAACCGAUGGGAGGAGCUCGGUGCUAAGGAGAUUCAGCUGAAGGCUUAUAUCAAGAAAUUUGAGCAGUUCAUACAGGAAAAUGACCAGAAGCGAAUUCGAGCCCUGAAGAAAGCCAACAGGGAGAAAGAGCUGAAGAAGCAGAGGGUGAAGGAGUUGGCCAAGGCCAGGCUGGACAUGGCGGUCCUUAAACAGGAGCACCAGCGGCUCUACAACAAGCUGCAGCAGUACUCCAUCUUCAGAAACUACCUGGAGAAGGUGGUUGAGGUGUCGGAGUUUGAGGAGAUCCGGGAAGUCAUUGGCCGGUACAAGACGCUGGUGGGCAUGCACCAGGAUCUCGUGCAGUCAGCGCAGGAGGGGCUGGAGAUGAUCGAGCAGGCGAAGGUGCGCCUGGCGCACUACACGGAGGAGAAGGACGAUGAGAUCCUGAAGCACAACAACGAGCUGGCACGCCUGCAGAUGCGCUUCGACCAUGCCCGCAGCGAUGUCAUCGUCUGGGAGUCCCGCUGGGCCCACAUCCAGAACACGGCCGCCAAGAAAACCCUCAUGCUGGGCACCAUCAAGAUGGCCACCCUGAACCUCUUCCAGGGCGUGAGCAAGCAGCUGAAGGAGACCUUGAACGUGUCCGUGGAGGACACCCACAAGCAGCUGGACAUGAUCCAGCAUCUCAUCCAGGACCUCUCUGACAUCUGGGCAGAGGUGAAAAAGAAGGAGGUCCAGAACCGAUCCAUGGCAGCCGUGCCCAAGGACGUGUAAGGGCCACACCAGCUCCCCCGGUCCUGCCUGGGGGAGGCUCAGCCAGCUGAGACAGGAAAGGGACGGAGCCCCCAGGGAUGCUGCAGACGGCGCCAGCGCUCUCCAUCGUCCUGUGCAAAGAGCCCGUCCACGAUAUCAGACAAAGCAUUUUCACGGCGUUUGCUCCUCGGUUACACACAAACCAGUCCAGAGCAGAGUCCGGGCAUUGCCGUCCGAAAUAGAGAUUUGGAUCCACCAAAGUAUUUCACAAACUCUUCCUGAAACUCCAGACGGCUCCUUCCAA